AUGUUCCCUACUCGCCCACUGAGAAUGCAAGCCACCCAGCCUCGUCUAGGUCCUUUGCCCAAACCCAAAGCGGUAUUUAAUCACCCCUCCUCCCAAGACUACAACAUCAAAUUGCGACGAACGUCAAGAGAGGGAAAGUUUGAUUCUCUGACUGUUCCAUAUGCUAAACAACCAUCUCCCACGUUCAGCUCACACAGUAUCCCAGCGCCUCCGAACCCUCAAGAAGAUCCCCCCAGAAUUGUUCCCUCUGGCGUUGCCGUCGGUGCUGCCACAUAUUCCCUCAUCAAAAAAUUGAGAACGGACAAGACUCUCCGUCUGUCGCGACCUAAGCCUGAAGAUGUCAGCCAUUAA